GCAAAUCUGGUCACAACACGAUACCACGCAGAAGCGGUGACAUGACAUAGUAUUAGGUCCCAUCGUGUGGUCUUUGAUCUAACAACGGAAAAUAAGAGGCACGAUGGAUGGUAUUGGGAAGCUAAUGCGAUUUCGUCCAGUUCUGUCGAAACAUGCUCUGAGCAGUUUCCGACAUGUUCGCUGUGUCGGGACAGUGGCUGUAGCGGAGGCACGGAAAAUACUUGACAAAGAACUGGACGGGAUCCGAGAGGCCGGGACAUGGAAGGCGGAGAGAGUCAUCGUGACCAAACAAGCGCCAUCAAUCAGAGUCGAGGGUCAAACAUCAAAUAUUCUCAACUUCUGUGCUAACAAUUACCUUGGGUUGUCUAGUCACCCAGAAGUGAUUGAGGCUGGUAAGAGAGCGCUAGACAGCCACGGAUCAGGUGUUAGCUCCACACGAUUUAUCUGUGGCACCAUCGACCUUCAUAUAGAAUUAGAACGUAAGAUAGCCCGUUUUCACGGGCGAGAAGACGCCAUUUUGUAUGCCAGUUGCUUUGAUGCAAACGCGGGAAUAUUUGAGGUAUUGCUUGGCCCCGAUGAUGCUGUGAUAUCGGACGAAUUAAAUCACGCAUCUAUCAUUGAUGGAAUUCGUCUGUGUAAGGCGAGGAGGAUGAGGUACAAACACAGAGACAUGGGAGACCUGGAAGCACAGCUCCAGGACGCGAGCUCCAGUCGGAUGAAGCUGGUGGUGACGGACGGUGUGUUCAGCAUGGACGGGAACGUAACUCCUUUACCGGAAAUCUGUGAGUUAGCAAACAAAUAUGAUGCAAUGGUAUUUAUAGACGAGUGCCACGGUACAGGGCUUUUUGGACCGACCGGAAGGGGGACAGAAGAAUUUUUCGGAAUAGAAGGAUGUGCGGAUAUCAUCAAUUCCACACUUGGAAAAGCUUUAGGAGGAGCAGCCGGAGGGUACACGGCUGGACCUCAGCAACUGGUCACUUUACUACGACAGAGGUCAAGACCAUAUCUAUUUUCUAACGCUCUUCCACCAGCAGUCGUGGCGUGUGCGAGUAAGGCCCUUGACCUAAUUGUCGCUGACGACAACCUCACCAAGAAGGUCCAAUCGAACACCAAACGAUUCCGAACUAGGAUGGAGGACGCUGGCUUCACAGUCGGGGGAGACCCAGCUCAUCCUAUUUGCCCUGUAAUGCUUGGCGAUGCCAGACUAGCAAGCAAAUUCGCCGAUCAGAUGUUGGAGAGAGGAAUAUACGUAAUUGGUUUCAGUUUCCCCGUGGUGCCUAAAGGGAAGGCCCGCAUUCGUGUCCAGCUGUCGGCUGCACAUACAGAACAGGAAGUGGACAGAGCCGUAGACGCGUUCAUAGAGAUUGGGAGACAGUUAAACGUAAUCAGUUAGUGGCCGGAUCCUUCAGUUACUGGAAUGUUAAAUACACCUGCGAAACUAUUUAAAUGUGCUUGUACCAUAUGUAGUUUACAAAUAACAUACGGUACGAGAAAUUGACACUGGUACAACGAAAAUAUACCUGAAAACAGGCUAAACGAAAAAGUAUAGGAAGAUGUUUCAGUUAUGAACAUCAUUUGUUUUCAAAUUUUUAAUUGCAUGCUUUAUUUCCCCAUUUACUAGGUAAUUGACUUGUGUAUAAUUUAGAUGUGUGUUAUGCUGAAAUGUCAGCCUCCAAAAUAUGGUUUUGUCCAUGGAACUUAUCAGCAAGAAGUAUACUGAUACUGUAAUGUUUCCAGUUGAUAUUGCGCUGUAAGUAAGAUAUGGUAUUACUGUUAUAAACUCAAAGAUUGAUAGGUACACACGUUAUUUACCGGAAUCAGUUUAACAAAUGCAGGUAUCAGUAGAAAUACCUUUGGGGUGAUUAUAUGAAGGAUCUGAGUGAUAUUUUUUGUGCUAUUUAACUUUUUAUUCAACACGUACGCGAGGUUCUGAUUUUGUCAAAGAGACGUUUUCUCAUAACACCGCUUACGUGGUAAAUAGAAUGACCUAUUCGACAUUUUAACAGAUGGUCUGUUAGCUUUUCUUGCACAGAUCGUCGGAUUUGUAAAUUUAUUUACCAGUAUAAACGUUGACGUAAGAAAACGGUUGUUUAUCAACCGACUGCUAAAUUUGAUAUUGCUCAUAUGAAGACUUAAAACAGAAUAAUAUUUUAUGAAAUUACAGAUUUUUGUGUGAAAAUGGCACCAUGAACAUUCGCGUUUAAGUCUGGUUAAGCUGAUUAGGCGUUGAACCGCUUGUCUAACAAUGUAAAACGCUUUGUUUAUUCAUGAUUUUAUUAACUAUAAGUACUCGCAUUCCCUUUGGAAGUAUUCUGACUUCCAACAAAGGACACUAUAUACGUUUUGCAGGAAACUGAUAUAAAGUUGACAUCUGAGAUUGUAAAGUGUGCUCACUGAAUAAAAAUAAAUCACAUAAACAGUUACCAUUGUCAGUAUUAUGUGAUGGUGUGUUUGGUCCUAAGAACACCAUUAAGAAUUUUAACAUAAUUACAGCUGUUUGAAAUUUGAGUAUUUGAAAACAAAAGCAAAAAUAAAAUAAAUAAUUGAAUAAAUAUAAACAGGAUCCGAAGCUUCUACAUGGACCUUCAUAAGGCCAUUUCCCACACUUUACCAAUUUUGGUAUACAUGAAGUAUAAAUGAGAAACGACAAGGAAAGUAACCAAACCAAACUAUCCGUUUUGUUCAUCUAUCAUAUACAUAAGGGAGCGUUCUCAAGUAGAAAACAGAGCUCUGAAAUGGAACUCUUACAGCGUUUUUCACUGAUAUAGUGGUGUCUGUUUCCUCAGUUGCCAGUAUUUGGGCGUUUGUGUAAUACAUCUAGUUAAGGUUCAAUAGGCCCCCUUAUGUUUGCUGUAGUCACCUAAAAUUUCCUGAUAAGUCAUAUUCAAAGACCUCAAUUAAAAAUCGGAACUAAUUUAUAUAAUUUGAAUAUAUUGAACUUCUUCAUUGGCUAUUUGAAAAAGUAUAGCCAGGUUAACGUAGUCGGAAAUAAGGCAUUAAGGUAAUAGUUGAUGUCGUCAUAAAGAUAGUUCACCUUGUUUUCCACCCAACUGAGUGCUAAGAAAUGACCCAUAAUUUAAAGUUUAUUUAUAAACCUAGAUCAUGCGGAGCUUUAUUUCUCUUCUUCUAGCUUUCGAGAGGAAUUCCGACCUAAAAAAAUAGAUGUUGCCAUGAGAAACCACUGAAAUCAUAGUUAAAUUCCCUAGUAUAUAUUUUAGCAGGUUAUAAAUAAGAAAACAAAGGCUAAGUUACCUGCAUCGAUAAAUGAAUUUUAAAUAAUGUACCAUUUGAUAAAAUUCUCUUUUAUGAAUGCACUAGACAUGUUAUGAACAUUGAAGCUGAAAAGUACGAUAAUGUUUAUAACAUGUCUAGCUCUUUUAUAACAACAAUAAAUGUAAAUAAAGGACACUUUGUAUGAAGUUUAAGUGGUUUUUAUUGUCAUAGGUCUAUGGUUUUACACAAAUAUACCAGUAAAAUCUGUACUCGGAUGUUUAACUAUGAUUUGUUGUACAUUUCCAUAGCAACAGUCAUCUACUGUCGAGGCCGGUAUGACUCUCCACACCUAGUUAAAAAGAAGUUAAGCUCCGCAUGACCUAGUAAUAUCAACGAACUUUAUAUAAUAUGUCAUUUCGUAGCAUUCAGUGAUGUCGCUAAAGAGAUUGACAUGUUAUAAGUCCGGUGAGCUAUUUUUAUCUGCCUAAAUCUUUUAUUAUUGACUACAUUAACCUGGUUAUGCCUUUUUAAUAGGUUAUGUACAAGUUCAAUAUAUAUUCUGAUUUUUAAUAAGUGUGUUUCAAUAAGACUUACCAUGGGGUUGAUAUUUAGGGUGACUAUUGCAUCUUUUAGGGGGCUUGUUGAACCUUAAUUUGAGACUGUUUAGGAUUCCAUAUCUACAGUAAAAUCCGCUUAACUUCCGUUGGGAUUUACCUGUACCACAGUUUAGCCAGUACACUUCCGUUGGGAUUUACCUGUAUCACAGUUUAGCCAGUACACUUCCGUUGGGAUUUACCUGUACCACAGUUUAGCCAGUACACUUCCGUUGGGAUUUACCUGUACCACAGUUUAGCCAGUACACUUCCGUUACCCAGGUAGCUGAAUCGGUUAGAGCGAUAACAUAACAACCUGAAGUGGCGGCAGUGUUCGAAUUCCGGUCCGGCUCCGCUAAAUAUUUACACUCAACACACUGUUGUUGUUCAUAUUUUGUUUAUUUCAUAUUCAUUAUUUCUCGCAAAGUAUGGUUUUCUUUUCAGAAAUGAUUUAUCAAAGUUUUAGUCAUGCCGGAACAAGUUUCCAGUAUUUAGGUACAGUUUCGGCCAGUGGUAAGGGGAUCCUCAGAAGAAAAUAUCUGGUCUCUUUACAACUCUGUAUUUUCAUACCUACUCUUACGAUUUGAUAGGGGUCCAUUUAAAGGAAGAUUUCGAAGCUUAAUGACACAUAAAGGAAAGUAUGAGUCCGUGAUGUUUUCAUUUCUAUCAAAACUAUAAAAAAAAAA